AGGUGGGGACAGUAGGUUAACAAAUAAUUCAAUGCUGAACUGUAUAGUGAAAUAAGAAAAAAACACAAGAUGCAUUCUGGUUACAGAGGAAGAGCUCGAGGUUCCCAAGGAGGCCGCGGCUCAAGAGGCAGAAGCCAUGGUCGGUACAACAGAGACAGCAAUGGUAGUUCUGGUGCAAAUGAUGCUGCAGGAUCAGGCCGUCGGGGAAAUUCUCGGGGUGGCAAUCGUGGUGGGGGUGGAGAUAGACCACCUCCAUGGUUAAAGGGACGAGAUAUUGGUAUGUGGUAUGCCAGUAGGAGCAAGAAUCAGCAAAAAAGUUAUGAAAAACAAAAUUGUGGAACAGUUCAUAUGAAUCAAAAUCAAAUGCGGGAUGCCCACCAAGCACUGAAUGAUGCAACAGAUACAAACAGGCCAGGAUAUGAAGCCGAUGACACGGUUCCAGCAACAGAGCAGGUCAAUGGAUUUAACAUCACGUCUGGAUUUGUGGCCCCUGCUCAAGAUAGAGACAGAUAUGGCUGGUUUUCUGAUGCGUCUCAAAACCACAAAAUGCUUUUAAAUGAAGAUUUAAUGAAUGAUUUGGACAAACCGCGCUCAAAAUCCCAUUCACAGAUGCUUGAAUUUAGAAAGAAAUUACCGACAUACAAAAUGAGAAAGGAGCUGAUGGACAUGAUUAAGUCAAGUCAAGUUGUUGUGGUCAGUGGAGAGACUGGCUGUGGAAAGACUACUCAGCUGCCACAAUUUAUUCUAGAUGAUGCUAUUAGUUCUGGUCGCGGUUUGUCGUGCAAAAUCGUGUGCACCCAACCGAGAAGGAUUUCCGCAAUUUCGGUUGCAGAGAGAGUGGCAAAAGAGAGAGGUGAAGAGUGUGGUGGUAGUGGCAGUUGUGGUUAUCAAAUCAGACUCCAAGCCAAAUUCCCACGACAACAAGCUUCCAUGUUGUAUUGCACAACUGGUAUUUUAAUUCAGUGGAUGCAGUCUGAUCCAAGCCUGUCCUCAAUCUCCCAUAUUGUUCUCGACGAAAUUCACGAACGGGAUUUGUUGUCCGAUUUUAUCAUCACAAUUGUUAAACGAUUGCUUGCCAAGAGAAAAGAUUUGAAAGUUAUACUUAUGAGUGCUACUUUGAAUGCCGAUACAUUUUCAAGCUAUUUCAACUUCUGUCCAUCCAUCAACAUUCCUGGAUUCACUUAUGCUGUACAGGAGUAUUAUCUUGAAGAGGUCGUAAAAAUGACAAAGUUCCAGCCCUCUGAGGACGUGUAUUACUCCCUGAAGAGGUUGCAAAUGAAGUACGACCGUCUCAUCAUGAGGAGGUUAGACUUUACAGAGAAGAAGAAACUCCAGGAGGAGCGCGAAGAUUACCAGAAAGAGUUAUUAGCUUAUGAAGUUGAACUUGCCAACAAAAAUUUUUCUCAACAUGACAGCCAUGCGAUAUGUGCACUGGAUGCUUACCUGCAGCAAAAGCUCGAUUUUGACCUGAUAAUCGCCACUGUUAAGCACAUAAUCCUUAAUCCUGCAUACUCAAGUACAGGAGGAGCAAUGCUAUUGUUUCUUCCAGGGUGGAGCGAUAUAAAGCAACUACAUCAGAUGAUCAGUAAUGACAGAUUUUUUCAACCUAGUAAAUUUCGAAUAUUACCUCUGCAUUCCAUGGUGCCAUCAAGCAACCAACAGCAGGUGUUUGACAGGCCACCUGUCGGUGUUACUAAAAUCGUUAUAGCAACCAAUAUUGCAGAAACGAGCAUUACAAUUGAUGAUAUUGUGCACGUUAUUGACUGCGGGAAAAUUAAAAUCCGAAAAUUUGAAGCCGGUAAAAAUAUCAGCUCGCUUAAUGCUGAGUGGUUGACGAGGGCAAACGCUAAGCAACGUAAAGGAAGAGCUGGGAGGGUACAGGAAGGCUAUUGCUACCACCUAUUCAGCAAGUUGCAAGAACGGAAGUUAGAUGACUACAUGGUGCCAGAGAUAUUAAGGUCACCUUUGGAUCAACUGUGUCUGCAUAUUAAGAUUCUAAACCUUGGAAAACUUCGCGAUUUUCUUUCUGAGGUGAUCGAACCACCCCCCGCAGAUUCAGUGGAACUUUCCAUCCAAAAACUGACAGCAAUGAACGCUCUUGACUCUAAUGAACAUCUGACACCGCUCGGAUACCAUCUUGCCAGGUUUCCUGUAGAGCCACAAAUUGGCAAGAUGCUGAUUUUAGCAACAAUGUUUUCAUGCUUGGACCCCGUGCUUACAAUCGCUGCUAGCUUGAGUUUCAAAGAUCCUUUUACUCUACCACUUGGUAAGGAAGAUGAAGCAAAUGAGAGGAAACAGGAAUUAUCGAACGAUGCAAACAGCGACCAUUUAAUGUUGGUGAACAUGUUUGAUGGCUGGGUGGCAGCAAAGAGAAGGGGAGCCGAGCGAGAUUAUUGCUGGAGGAACUUCUUGUCAAUGUCAACUGUUAAAAUGUUAAGUGACAUGAGGGAACAGUUCAAGAAUCAUCUUUUUGAAGCUGGUUUUCUUUCUUGUCAAACUGAUCUCAGUGAAGCAAAUCGACAUUCCAAGAAUAUAAAAAUAAUACAAGCAAUAGUAUGCGCUGGGUUGUAUCCUAAUGUAGCAAAGCUGGUGAAAAUGAAACCACAUCGACCGCCAAAGAUUUCAACUAAGACUGAACGUAAAGUUGCCAUUCAUCCAAAGUCAGUGAACUGUGACAAACCGAGUAGCAAUUUUACGCAUCAGUGGUUAUGUUAUUAUGAGAAGAUGAAAACAGCCGAGGUUUACCUGUACGACACGAGUGAAGUCAGUCCAUAUCCUUUACUUUUCUUUGGGGGAGAUAUUUCUACUUUUCAAGAUGAGGAUGGUGUUAAUAAGAUUUCUGUGGACGGAUGGAUCGAUUUCCGAUCGGAAUCUAAAGUUGCAGAAACUGUUAAGAAAUUAAGGAAAGAGUUGGACAAUAUCUUGGAGAGGAAAAUUCGGGAACCGUUUUCAACGUUGCUACAUCUUUCAUCAAGUGCCUCUGUGAUAAAGUCAAUUAUCGACCUUAUUUCUUGCGAAUAAACAUGAAAUACACAUUUAA